GCGGUUUUUUGCACGUUUGUGUGUGAAGGAACAAGUCUGUUUGCUGGUCUCGUGGUCUUCUCCAUCCUGGGAUUCAUGGCUCAUGAGGCGAAUGUUCCAAUAGCAGAUGUUGUGUCGUCAGGACCUGGACUGGGUUUUGUUAUAUACCCAGAAGCCCUAUCUCAACUCCCGCUGCCGCAACUGUGGAGUGUCCUGUUCUUCAUCAUGCUCAUCCUUCUGUCACUCGACUCGCUGUUCUCAAUGGUUGAAACUGUGGUAACUGCCAUCUUAGAUGAAUAUCCCAAACUGAUAAGAUGGCGAGUGACAGUGAAUGGAAUCUACUGUAUUGUGUCAUUCCUCCUUGGACUCGUGAUGACGACUGAGGGCGGAGUAUACGUGUUCCAGCUGCUGGACUGGUACAUUGUCGCCAUUUUCCUCAUCUUCUCGGGACUACUGGAGUGUGUAACAAUUGCCUGGAUCUAUGGAAUUGACCGUUUCAGCGACGACAUUGAGAUGAUGAUUGGCAGACAAGUUCCUCUGUUCUUCAAGAUCACGUGGUGUUACGUCACACCAGCCAUGCUUCUGACAACACUUAUCUUCACAUUCACUCAAUACGAACCGCCGACAUACGGCAAGUAUGUGUACCCUUAUUACACGACUGUGAUUGGGUGGUUCAUCGCGGCCCUUCCGUUAAUUCCAUUCUUUGUGAUGAUGGUGGUCGCCGUUAAGAAACAGGAGGGAAAUCUGUUGCAGAGGAUCAAGAUGGCCAUGAUACCAGAUGCAAAAUGGGGGCCAGCUGACCAGUCUUACCGAGCUCACUACCUCCAGCAACACCGGAAACCCUCAACCCUCAAAAGUGCGUUCAAAUCGUCAGUGUCCUGCAAAUAGAAAAGCGUAUUACCAGAUCCUGCCUUUAUUUCUUAUAUCAUGACGAAACCAUGUUCAUCUGUGCUCAACAAAAAGUAGGUCUAACAAUGAUUUGAAGACAAAGACGGACAAUAAUAAAUUAAACAGUUUCCGCGAUACCAGUUUGUGUUGCGUCACGUAAUAGUCACGUGAACGAAAUGUUCCACAAUGGAUUCCGAUAGUGUUACACGAGGUUUAAUUGUCCGAAUCGAACCUAGUACCUCGAAAAUAGUCUGAAAGAAUGGAAGGUAAAGAUGGUUCAUUGUUAAACUUUACAUAUUGAGUUAAUUUACUGAUAGUAUUAUAUAAUCGCAAAAAUCAUUGCAUAUCCAUACUGCCUUCUACUUCAUUCAAUUUAUAUCAUGUUUAUAUAUUUUAUAUUCUUAUGACCUAUAUGUUACACUGGGGCGGUGGGGUAGCCUAAUGGUUAAAGCGUUGGCUCGUCACGCCGAAGACCCGGGUUCGAAUCCCCACAUGG